AUGGCUUUCAUCGCUCUGGCCUUGUUCACUCUGGCCGCAGCGCACAGCGGCACCUGCCCUGCCACCAAGAAGUGUGGAGAGGGAGCGGAGGCUGGGCUGCCGUGCUGCCAGGUGGACUCCACAAAGUUCGAGUGCUGCUCUUCUUCCGAGGCAUGUAUUCCCAAGGUUGGGUGCCGUUGCCUUGAUCUGGAGGCUGAGGCUCCCCUCUACGAGGGCUACGACUUCGCAGCUUUCUGCGAGGAGUUUUCUCGAGCCUAUGGCACCGAGGAGUUUGAGAGGCGACGGAGCAUCUUCCAGACCAACCUUAAGAAGAUCAAGGCCCACAAUACGGAGUUCCAAGCAGGCCUUCACACCUGGUACAUGGCGGUCAAUGACUUUGCCGACUGGUCCCAGGAGGAGUUCAAGGGGAUCCGGGCAACUCAGACCCCACCGCCGCUGCAGGCUGUCCACACAGUGCAGUUUGGCGCAGCGAAGGCCAAUCCCGAGACCAUGGACUGGCGAACCAAGGGGGUGGUCACGCCAGUCAAGAAUCAGGGCACCUGA